UUCGCAUUUAUUUCAUCAUCGUGAUGCAAGCUAAUAACACACGACAGAAGACGCAAGCACAACUUGGCCAAAUGGGAGUAGGAUAGAACUCACCAAAAAAGCAUCACGCAUCUGCAUCGCCAUCAUCCUGCACAACCACAUACACAAACCCCGAGGGCAAUGAUUCCACGGAUACUGUGAGGCAACCGAUAAAUAUUAGCACUAUGAAUAACGUACAGAGUGCCCCGAACGGCGGCGUGGCAGUAGGCGUAGGAGUGGGCAUCAAGACGGCCCGAAGCAAUAUCUUCAAUGUGGACGGCCUGCCACAGCAGAUGGCCGCCCUGAGCGUUGACUACUCCAGCAUCCGGGGAAAGGAUGUCCUGGUGCAGCCCAGCGACGAGCAGCGGGAGCUGCUGCAGAAGCGGCUGCAGGAUCGCAUCGCCGACAACUGUGGCGAGACCAUCUACGAGAUUGGCGUGGGCGAGGAUGGCAGCGACAAUGGCCUAAAUCCGGAGCAGUUUGCUGCCUCCGUGGCCACACUCCACCUGCUGGCGGCCAACAUUGAUGCGGAUGUCGUCAAGCUGCGUGAGCGGCGGGCAGAGAAGGGUCAAUCGGCCCAGUUCCUCAUACGGAAGCACAUAGAGACAACCGACUUUAUGGAGAUUCGAGUGGCAGUUGUGGGCAAUGUGGAUGCUGGCAAGUCUACGUUACUGGGCGUGCUCACCCACGGGGAGCUGGACAAUGGACGUGGCCAUGCCCGGCAGCGUCUGUUCCGUCACAAGCACGAGAUAGAGAGCGGGCGGACGAGUUCCGUGGGCAACGACAUUCUUGGCUUCGACGGAGUAGGCAAUGUGGUUAACAAGCCGGACCAUGGCCACCUCGACUGGGUAAAGAUCUGCGAAAACUCGGCCAAGGUGAUAACCUUUAUCGAUUUGGCCGGGCACGAGCGCUACCUGAAAACUACGGUCUUCGGCAUGACGGGUCAUGCCCCGGACUUCGGCAUGUUAAUGAUUGGCGCCAAUGCUGGCAUAAUUGGCAUGACCAAGGAGCAUUUGGGCCUGGCCCUAGCUCUGGCCGUCCCUGUCUUUGUGGUAGUCACUAAAAUCGACAUGUGCCCGGCCAAUGUGCUGCAGGACAACAUGAAGCUGCUGUUUAAAAUGCUCAAGUCGCAGGGAUGCCGGAAGGUGCCGGUAGUGGUUCGGACACAGGACGACGUAGUGCUCAGUGCCACAAAUUUCGUUAGCGAGCGCCUGUGCCCCAUCUUCCAGGUGUCGAACGUAACCGGUGAUAAUCUCGAGCUGCUCAAGAUGUUCCUCAACCUGCUGAGCACGCGCAUGGCCGGCUCCGAGAGUCUGCCAGCCGAGUUUCAGAUCGACGAUGUGUAUUCGGUGCCGGGCGUUGGUACCGUAGUCUCCGGCACUUGCCUCCAAGGUACCAUCCGGCUGAACGACGGUCUGAUGCUGGGACCGGAUGCAGUGGGAGGAUUCGUGCCCAUCACCAUCAAAAGCAUCCACCGCAAACGGAUGAAUGUUGCUCGUGUGCGUUGUGGCCAGACAGCGAGCUUCGCGCUGAAGAAGAUCAAGCGCGCCUAUCUACGCAAGGGCAUGGUGAUGGUCUCACAGGAUCUUAAGCCGCAGGCCUGUUGGGAGUUCGAGGGUGAGAUCCUUGUGCUCCACCACCCAACGACAAUCUCGGCGCGCUAUCAGGCGAUGGUGCACUGCGGCAGCAUCCGGCAGACGGCUUCCAUCAUACACAUGUCGAGGGACUGCCUGCGGACGGGUGACAAGGCUCACGUCAAGUUCAGGUUCAUCAAGCAGCCGGAGUACAUCCGCGCCGGCCAGCGUCUGGUCUUCCGUGAGGGUCGUACGAAGGCGGUAGGCAACAUUCUGCGGCCGCUGCCAAAUGCUGCUGCCUCUCCCUAUCGCCCGAAGCCCGCCAAGAUGCAGUCACGUUCCCAAAACGGCGGCAGCAAUGGAAGUAACAAUCAGCACCGACACCAGGGCCAGGGCAGCUCCAGCUCGAGCUCGUUAGGAGCGGGGGGCAGCAAGGAUGCCGGCGAGGAGAAGCAGAAUGGGGACAAGCGUGAGGGCGGCAGCCGACGUGGCGGCAAGCGGAAACGAAACAAUCGACCCACUCUCUCGUCCAACGGCUCGGCCGGUCUGGGCCUGCCCCUAAGUGAGAUGGCUUCGUCCACCUCGGCCGAUGCCGGUCCGGGGGCAAGUCUCACCGAGUGAGGCGUGCCAUGCCGCCUCCCCAUUUUGUUCUUUCUAGUUACGUAAGCAAAAGUAUUUUUGGAAGCCCCAAAGCGUAUCGGAGGAAUAUACAUAUUUUGCUACUCCCGAGUCCGGACUCCUAAACUGAAAAGGUAAUAUUGUGCCGCGUUCCGUUCCGUUUGUCUAAAGUACAUACAGUUGGUAAGCUGGAAAUGCCAAACCGAAUUCGAUCUUCUCUUUUUUUGUUCUCUAGGUUUAAGCUACUUGAGGUCACUGCAACAUUAAUUUAAUUUUACAUCCUUUACUUUCAUACUUUAAUUAAUAAACGCCAGUCUAUCGACCCUAAGAAACACAGGGCCACAAAAACGCUUCACUUUUGAAUCUAUAUCUAUGUAUCCAUGAGUUUGUUUAUUUAAAUGUAUUUUCUAGCCUCAAGCGGUUUGGGUGAAUUUCUGUCGACUUCAUAAAUGAUUAUAAUCUAAAAUUUAAAAGAGUUGUAUAGAUACCUGCCCUAGGCAAAAUUUGCUUUCUAAAAUUAUUUCUCAACAAAGUUUAAUCUUUUUUAUGCGAUCCUUAAUCUAUUUUUUGAUAUAUUUUAUUUCAAAGCUGAAUUCAUUUCUAUUUCUUACUUUCAAGAAUAUUUGGCAUGCUUUCUUCUUACUUUGUGAAUAAAGAAAUUUAAUUUAAUUUGUAUACUUUAGAUCUAAGGAUGGCAAAAAUGUGUAAAUGGUUGUUUCAGAGUCGACAAUCUGAAUUUCUUAUUUUCUUUUGUUAUUUAGAGUUAAGAAAACUAAGAAUUGACAUUGUCACGAAUUGGAUUACCUAAUUUCAUAAACUAUUAAAUAAAAAACUAUUUUUGAGAAUCUAA